AUGUUUGGUGCGCCAGCCGGAGGCGGCGUUGAAGCGAAUGACGAUGGAGGACAGCAGAUACAACGUACCUUAGCACAGGUCAUCGAGGCGUUCGAUGGUUAUUGCGUGCCUCAGAGAAAUGUCGCAAUGGAGGCAUUUAAGUUCAACGGAAUCACACAAAAGGAGCGGCAGACUUUUACCGAUUUUGAAACAGCACUUCGCACUCAAGUAGCUUACUGUGAGUACGAAUGCGCGCUCAAGCUCUUGGAUGGCAGAAAUGAUUCACUGGCAAAGGUGGUGGAGACGUGCAAAAUAUUCGAAGCUGCAGCAGAGAACAAGCAACUGUUGGACAGCAAAAUGCCGCUGAGCGUAGUUCAUACUGUUGAGCACCCAAGAGAAACUUCAGAAACAGCAGGGGAGGUGGCUGUCAUCACGAGAUCCGGACCGAAAUGCUACAACUGUGGCCAAGCAUUCAACAGAAACCAUCGUAGGAUUUGCCCAGCAAGGAACAUUACGUGUAGGGGAUGCAACCGGCAGGGCCACUACCAGGAAUUCUGCAUAUCAACGAGACAGCAAGGAAAUGCCAGUGCCGACAGAAGCAGCAGCCGCGGAGGAGCCUUCUCGGUGCGGGGAUCCAAGUCAACUGGUAACAAGGGAGUACACAGUGUUAAUUGGGUCGAUACAGUACAAAUCCAUGGAAGAGUGGAACUACCUUGCUAUGACCCUCACACUCGUAAAACUAAAACAGCUCCAUUUUUGGUAGUUGAUAGCGCAUGUGAACCCUUGAUUGGAUUGAAAUCGUGUAUUGACUUUGGUUUAGUAUCUCGUCUCGAUAGUAUUAAAACUAAUAUCCCCUGUGAUUUAGAUACCCUGUUGAAAUGUAACAGCGAUCUCUUUGAAGGUCUGGGUAAAUUUCCGGGUACAUGUACCAUACAACUAAAAGAAAACUCUAUCCCUGUUCUCCAUUAUAAAAAACGUAUUCCCAUGAGUCUUCAUGAACGUCUUAAGGUUGAUUUGAAUUCAAUGGUUCAAGCUAACAUCAUAACCCCAGUCGACUACCCAACAGAUUGGGUAAACAACAUGCAAAUUGUUGAGAAACCAAAUGGCUCUUUGCGUAUUUGUUUAGAUCCGAAACCGUUAAACGCUUGCAUCAAAAGAGAACAUUUCCUGAUUCCUAAGGGUGAAGACAUUCUAUGUCGAAUGAGUGGCAAGCAAAUAUUCACAGUGUUAGAUCUGCAAAAUGGGUUCUGGCAGAUGGAAUUAGACCGCAAAAGCUCUGAUCUUACAACUUUCAUGACACCUUUUGGUCGAUUUCGUUGGAACAGGGUUCCAUUUGGAAUUAGUAGUGCUCCUGAAAUGUUCCAAAAAAGAAUGGUUCAACUGUUUGGAGACAUACCCGGUGUGGAAGUAUAUUUUGACGAUAUUCUGAUCGCAGGGAGUGAUUUUACUGAGCAUGAUUGCAUACUGACAAUCGUUUUAGAGCGCGCUAGGGAUAACAAUAUCCGUUUCAAUUCGUCCAAAGUACAGUAUCGAACGAAAAGAGUCAAGUUUAUGGGCCAUAUAAUUACAGCAGAAAUUCAAACUGAUAGCUCGAAACAUGGUUUAGGAAGUGUCAUUCUACAACAGGGUCGACCAGUGGCGUAUGCAUCACGAACACUAUCUGGCAGCGAGCAGAAAUGGGCCCAAAUUGAAAAGGAACUCUUGGCCAUAGUAUUCGCAUCCUUCAUGAACAUGUCCAAAUACGUGAUACCGUGGUUUUAUUCGUUGCUGAUCUGUCGAUGGCAACACAAACGGCACGUAGUAAAUAAGAUCUCCAUGACUAACGAGAGGCGUAUGUGUUAUCAGGAUAUCAACCUUUUCUGA